GGAGCAGCAGCAGCAGCAGCAGCAGCAGCAGCAGCAGCAGCAGCAGCAGUUCAUUACACCUGAAGGCCCUUCCUACAUUCGGGGGGCCCCUGCUGAUGAUGAUGUACCCGCAUAUCCCUCUCUACCUGCUGCUAUGCUGCUGAACUCUGCUGCUGCUGUGCAGCAGCAGCAGCAGCAGCAGCAACAGAGACAGCGACACAACAGGGUUGCCGCUGUUGCUGCUGCUGCACCCUCUCUCUCCUCUCAAGUCAGCGCUGCCCCUUCUGGAUAUAUCGAGGGCAAUCCUGCUGCUUCUGCUGCUGCUGCUGCUGCUCCGGGCCUACGUAGCAGCAGCAGCAGCAGCCGCACCCGAUUGAGAAGCCUGGUACAAUCGGAUGCAGCGCAACAGCAGCAGCUGCAACAACUGCAGCAGCAGGUGCAGCAGCAGCAGCAGCAGUUGCUGCUGCAGCUCCGCACUCAAAGGGCAUCAGCCCAAGAACCUUCUAAAGACAUCUCCAACCGAGCAGCAGCAGCAGCAACAGAAGCAGCAACUGCAGCAGCAACUAUAGCUGAUGAGCCUCACCUCUCUCACCAGCAGCAGCUGCAGCAGCAGCAACAGCAACAGCAGCAGCAGCUGCAGCAGACGAGACUGCGGGGGCCUCUCGAAGGAUCUACACAGCGCUGGAGGCAAAUACUUGAGGCCCCAUCAAUACCCACACGCAACGCCGAGCAGCAGCAGCAGCAGCAGCAGCAGCGGCAGCAGCAGCAGCAGCAGCAGCAGCAGCAGCAGCAGCAACGUGAAGCUGUAAGCCCGAAGGGGGCAGCAAACCGCAGAAGAUCCAGCAGCAGAGGGCCUCUGCUGCAGCAGGCAACCACUCAGGAACCCACGCAGCAGCAGCAGCAGCAGCAGCAGCAGCAGCAGCAGCAGCAGGUGCGUCCGCCUGCAGUAGCUACUGUACGAGACGGCCGAGCGCCUUCCCUCAUGCAGCAAUAUAGCUGCUCUGCAACAGAGAGAGACAGUAGAAACCGCACCAGCAACAGCAGCAGCAACAGCAGCAGCAGCAGCAGCAGCAGCAGCAGCAAAACUGUUUCUGCAAAGGAAGAGAGCCGCUCAGCUCGCUCCCUCGCCAGCGGACGCAGCAGCAGUCCCCUCAAGCAGCUGCAGCGGCUGCAGCAGCAGCAGCAGCAGCAGCAACAGCAGCAGCAGCAGCAGCAGGCUGGGGGUCUUCUGGGGGCAAUGGGCGCAGUGUGGGGCCGCGUAGUAGAGCGGCUGAUUACUCAAACGAAUGAAGACAGCUGCAGCAGCACGCCUCCAAGCAGCAGCAGCAGCAACAGCAGCAGGUUUGAAGAGGGAGGCAGCAAAGCAGUAGUAGCUGCGCGAGGCAGUAUGCAGAUGCAGCAGCAGCAGCAAACUGAGGACAGCAAUAACAACAGCAACAGCAGCAGCAGGAGCAGCAGCAGCAACAGAAGCAGCAGUGAUGGAGGCAGGCUCGAGACCAGAGAUAUAAAGCGAGAGGAAGUAAAGGAUAACAGCAGCAGAAGCAGAAGCAGCAGCAGCAGCAGCAGCAGCAGGAGGAAGAGCUCAGCUGACUUGGUGCAGCAGCUGCAGGCAGAGCUGCAGCAACUCGCAAAAGAAAAAGAGAAGCGGCAGCAUCGCGACAAACAAAAACAGAAGCAGCAGCAGCAGCAGCAACAGCAAGAGCAGAAGCAACAGCAGCAGCGGCGGCGACGGAAGACGAGCCGCACCAAACGAGCUAUGCGCAGCAGCAGCAGCAGCAGCAGCAGCAGCAGCAGCGACAGCAGGGAGAGCAGCAGCCGAGCCCGUAGCAGCAGCAGCAGCAGCAACAAGCAGCAGGAAGCAGAAAAGAAGCCUAUUGCUGCUAGUGCUGCUGCGGCUGUUUUGUCUAACUUAGGGGAGACAGCUCGCGCGCUGCUGCAAGUUGCUGCUGCUGCUCCUGCAGCAGCAGCAGCAGCAGCUGUAGCAGCAGUUGAAGCAGCAGCAGGAGAAGAAGAUGACUGUGAGGAGCAGCAAGCAGCAGUAAAAGCUGCAGAAACAGCAGCAGCAGUAGCAGCAGCAGCAGCAGCAGCAGAUGCGUCAGGAUCAGCAGCAACAGCAGCAGCAAAAGCAACACCAAGAGCAGCAGCAGCAGGUGCUGCGUCUCAUCCUGCUGAUAGCCCUGCGAGUGAAGAGACAGCAGCAGCAGCAGCAGGAUCAGGAUCAGGGUCAGCAGCAGCAUCAACAGCAGCAGCAGCAUCAACAGCAGCAGCAGCAGCAGCAGGGUUUAAAAACUGGAGGGCGAUUACUAUUUCUGUCUGUCUUCGUUUUUUUUGUUUAUUUCUUUAA